ACUUAACCUUGACCAAGAUUAUCAAAAGUUACUUACAAGAAUUGUGUAAUGAUUUCAUGGUUUGCAGACAGUAUCCAAAACUAAUCAAAGAAUGCAGAUUCUUUAGCAUGCUGCAAACAGUCAUCUGAAUUACGAGUGAUUAUAACAGUACAAUUGCUUAUGAAUACACGCGUCAUGAGUUUGCUUCGAUCUAGAGAUGAUCAAUAAGACUAUGAUUGUAUUGGUUUUUGGAAUUCUUUGCAUACAAACUGUUUUUGCUUAUACAAGAGAUUGUUCCGGUUGGCGAUUUGAGAGUCAACAUACGACAAAUUGGGACAAUGCAAGAAGUUACUGUAGCUAUCUGGAUGGAGAACUUUGGAGACCUACUUAUGGCAAGUGGGAUUGUGCAUCAAGUUUAAUCAGAAGCAUUGGUGACGGCUACAUCUGGACUGGUGCUCAUCGUUAUUCGGAAACCAGUAGUUGGAAAUGGGCUGAUGGAACAAGCGUCUCCGGUUACAAAUGGUGGCCAGGUGAACCAAAUGAUGCCGGUAAUGAAGACUGUGUAAUAGUCAAUAAAGGAGGCUGGAAUGAUGAGAGUUGUAGUGAUCCAUUCCAGUUUGUAUGCCAGUGGCCUAUAUGUGGCGGUCGGACACCUCAAAAUGGAGCAUGUAAUGAAGAAGCAGAAAAUGAUCAGAUUAUCUACAGACAUAGAGCUACGCGAUAUAGUGGCGACGGAACAUGUACUUCACCAGGAAGAUGUUCCUCUUGCAAGGAUGGAUUUUUUGCCAAUGGUGGCUAUUGUACAAUUUGUCCAAAGAUUUCCCACUGCAACCAUAGACAAUGCAGUGGAUACUCUGACAACCGUUGUGUAUACUGUGAAGGAUCUGUCAAGCCCCAGAAAAAUUGGGAAGCAUACACUUUAUCGUCUGAUAACAGGAAUUGCAAUAAGGCUUGUUCAUGGAGAUCUGACAGUACUAGAUGUUAUCCUGGGUCCUGUGAUGGACAACUGGCAUCAAAGUGCAAAUGUACUAGAGGCUUUGCGGGAAGUCAGUGUGAUAAAAUAACAGAGUAUGUAAAAAUUAUGAAUGCAGAGGCUAAGCUAUCAGACAACUCAAAUCAGAUCCUUACAACACCAGAUGAUCCAAAUGUUCCCUACAAUCAACCAGUCAAAUGGUCGAACAACAACAAAUGGAAAUUUUUAGAGCUAGAUUUUAGUCUGAAAUACCAUACCUUCGAAAGGCCACCUGAACCAGACCCUACUGGACAAAAACAUUUUGUAACAUAUUUUCAGUAUGACAUUGUACAGGCUCUCCUCCAGAUUGAACACAGACGUAAGGGAGUAUCUCGGAAAAAUCAUCGGCUGUUAAAUUGCCGUUACGGCUUGUCCUAUCCAAUAUUUCACAUUACAAACUGUGGUAAAAAUAAAAAGUUCAGCAUAAGUUCUUGGGGAUUCCAACAUGCAGAUAAGUUAACUAUAACAUGUACUGCUGAAAACGGAGGUUUCCUAAAAUAUAUCGAUAGGGAAAAUUAUGACCAUGAGAUAACUGUCAGACUCAAAGGCAAAACAGUUCAAAGUAGCUUAAUCUUCCGAUGGGAUUAUAUAAAACCAUACCAAGAAUGUAUAAAGGGAAGUAAAACAGAUUGUAACCAACCACCAGUUGAUUGCAAGGACUUAUCUAAACAGCCAGACAUAAAAGUGGAAUGGGGAGGAUGGAAAGAUGAUCUUUCAGGCAUAGACCAUUUUGAACUUGAAUUGUACGAGUUAGUGUCUACUGGAAGACAGUUGGAUCAUAUAAUUGGACCAGCUGUCCAUCGUAACGAGAAAAUAUCAGUCCAAAUUUCGGAGCAAAUUAUAAAUCUGCCGAAACCGGGUAUGUAUUCCAUGAUACUGACAUCGAUUGACAGAGCAGGAAACCACCUGUCAGCAAGAUGUCUCGUUUUGUAUGAUGAUAGAUCUGUCGUUGACAUCAAACAUACAAAAAGAAUCAAAGUUAAUGAGGCUUCAGCGAAAACUAACUAUACAUGGGUGUCAGUUGAUGAUUUGAAAAUAUCUGUUACAUGGAAAGAUCGUUUUUUAAAUGAGAGACAUGAAAAGCACGGCUGGUUGUACGGAGUGGGAACUUAUGUAGGCGUUCAAGAGGAGUACGAUGAUUUAUAUGGACCUCGAAAUGUCUUUCCUAUUGAAAAUAUACAUGGAAUUGUAAAAUUUGAAAUUAAGUAUGAAGUAUAUGGACCAUAUCUAAAAGAAAACCAAAGUUUCACACAAACAGCAAAUGUAUUAAAUCAAGCUGAAUAUUUGAAUAUAACUUGGGAAGAUGGAUAUAGACUUGAUAUCACCGUUAAAGCCCUUGACAUUUUAGAUAUUUACAAGGAUGAUAUAAUAUCAGUUUAUAAAGAUGUUAGUUCGCCAUUAAUACAAAACUUAUGGUUAACUAAGGGAGACCGAGUGAAUAUAUCAGUACAUAGUAUGGAAGAUUUCUCUAAAAUGACCAUAGAAUGGGAAGCAUUUGAUUAUGCCAGUGGUUUGGACCAAGUGGAAUGGAGACUUUAUAAUAAUUAUACUGGGAUAGAAGAACAUGGUAAAGCAACACCUACGGCGCAGGGUGAGGCCAAGACAUUGGAGGACUGCAUCAAAAAGUAUGGUUCAGCACCAAGAGGCCCAUCCUGUUACUGUACAAUGUUUCAUGGUUGCUAUCACAAACAUUUUCAAAUAAGACCAAAUAUUAUUAAGGAUUCAGGAAUCACUCCUGGGAAGGAGAUUGGGUUGCAUGAUUCUGAUUACUUCAUUGAAGUGACUGUUACAAACAAAGCCUUAUUAAAGACGAAGAAGACAAUUCAAAUAUCUCUUGACUUGUCACCACCUCAUGAAGGUUACGUUCAUGAUGGUCUUAUAGGAGACCCUGAAGUAGACUUUCAGCAAGAUUUGAAUCUUGAUGCUCAUUGGGGAGGAUUUUUUGACAGAGAGAGUGGAGUCGACUUUUACCAGUAUAUUUUCAGCGACCAUUGUUUCAGUAAAAAUGAGAUGACAAUAAGCAAAGAGAAACAGAUUACUUACAACACUUAUGCUACCUUCAAUGCACCUUCAGAGGGUAUCUUCUUCGUCUCAGUGACAGCUGUUAAUAGAGCAAGCGAAAGUUCAAAGGUGGUAUGCUCUGAUGGAGUUACAGUCACUACAACUAUUCCGUUCAUCAAAGACUUUGUAUUCGAAGAUAUCAAGGCUAGGAAUCAGGUUUUCAAAAUUCACAACGACGCAUGGUGGUUACUAGAUAGUAAUUUGAUACGACAUAGAAUUACAGAUUUGUCAGGAUUACCCAAAUUUUACAGUAAUGCAACGGAGAUGUCUCAAAACAGUGGUGAUUUAAAAGCAUUCCCCGAAGGUCGUCCAAUUGAUAAGAUUGAAUCCGAAUUUCUAAAUACCAAAUCAAAAAUUGAAAUCAUAGGAGUUUUACCGACACAUCAAUCAUUUCAGAUAAAAUGGGAAAGUGGUGUUCCAGAAAGUCUAAUACAUGAUUACGCCAUUGGAAUAUCUUCAACUCCAGGUAGUAUGGCUCCUGAUAUUAACAGUUUCUGUUCAUCAAAACAUCACAACCAUUUCAGAAUUCGACAUAGUUAUCUUGCAGAGGGUGAAGAGUUUUACAUUAUGGUCAAAACUACAAGUCGAUCUGGCAUUGAUGGAUAUCAGAGUAUUGGACCAUUCCUUGUUGACAAAACUCCGCCAAAGUUUAUAAAUAAUGUGAUACAAGUUUACAAUGUAAAUAAUUAUUUACUUCUAUCGUGGCAAGAUGACACUGUAUUUGAUGAGGAAGAUCCGUUUCCGUUGUACUACGAGUAUGCAGUUGGUCAUACUUCUUCCAAACAAGAUGUUCAAAGUUUUACGAGUAUCAGCAGUGUUGGGCCAUGUUCUGUUACCUAUCCUCCAACGUGCUCGGCUAUUCUGAUAUCAGACCUGCAGUGGCCUUUACAUGCUAAUCAUGAUUAUUAUAUCACAUUAAGAGUUACCAAUGUUGCAGAUUUAUCAUCAACAGCGGUAUCAGCACCUUUCAGAUAUAAUGUACAACUUCCAUCUAAAGGAGUUGUUUUUGAUGUACAUCCUGAAGACAUAAAGGCCCAUGGAAUGAAGGACAUAAAAGAGGUGGAUUUUACCUCUAACAGAAGAGACAUCGGUGUCGUAUGGUCGGGUUUUAGACAUCCUCAUUUAAAUAUCAUUUUUCACAUAUGUAUUGGAACUGAAAAAGAGAAAUGUGAUAACAACACUGUUGUAACAAGGAACUCGUCAUUUAACUACUAUGUGUUCAAAGGCUUGGACUUAAUAGCCUUUCAGAAAUAUUUCAUCACAGUUAAAGCAGAAGCAACAACUGGAACAGUUUCAGUAUCAUCUAAUGGUGUAACUGUUUUAGAUAUUACAAAAUUUCUGUCUGGAAUAUCAGUUUUCGAUGGUACAAACUGUACAGGUGGUCAGAAGUUAUUAACAAAUCAUCAUCAGUUUGAUACGCGACCAACAUGUGCAGUAGAUAUAGACUGUCAAUCUUCAACAUCGUCUGUCACUGCGUACUGGACUGUGCCUAAUCAAUAUGUUGACUAUACACGAGAGAGUUUUAUUGCAGUGGAAGAAAGAGCUCAUAUUGGCGAAUUUUGGAAGGUAUUUUGGAACUACACGUAUGUUGGAAAACAUGGUUCCUCUAGCAUUGGAAAUCUUAACCUACAAUCAGGAAGAUUCUAUCGCACAAGUCUAAGAUUUUGUGCAGAAAAUUACUGUUUUCCACCAGUAAAAAGUGAUGGCUUUAUAGUGCUUCAUAACAAUCCUAAAAUUGGUGCGAUAGAGGUCGUCCAUAGAAACGUAUCGGGCGAGUCUGAUCAGGUUUUAUUAACAGUAGAGCGAAUGUAUGAUCCUGACGUGGAAGAUAAGGAGGAAGCCUUGAGUAUGGUUAAUCAAUAUGAAUGGGCAAUAGGAAAUGAUCUUGGAGUUCAUACACAAUGGACGCAGAUUGAUAUAUUCUCGUUUUCAAAUUUCACUCAUGUGAGUUUUCUGUUACCCCUAAAUGGAAGCAUAGAUUAUUCAAAGUGUAGGAAGGUACAUGUGAGAGGAUUUAACAAAGCUGGCAUGUGGUCUGUAGUGUCAUCAGAUAUAAAGAACUGCCAUGUUACGGACAGUGACUCGUUUAUUAUCCCAAAUCUUGUUAUUGAUGCUAUUGGAAAACCGGAAAAAAGAGGGGAUGGUCAGGUUCGUGAAGGAUAUGGACGGGAUAUAUUCUUGGAGCAAAAUGCUGUUUGGAAAGUAUCUGAUAUCGAUUACAUACCUUACAGAAAUAUAUUAUCUGCUGUCUGGCCUACUCUACGCCAUAGAUCUUACACAUGGGCAGUUCUUGAAAUUAUCAAUUUAGAUAUUACCAUGUAUUACAGGGAAGAAAUUCCAAAGUUAUCUGAUCCAUGUUCAAGUCCUCAUGCUAUUAAAUGUGGCAAAACAGAAAAAGAAUACGUAAAUGUACUGUUCGGAGAAGGAAAAGAGUUAAAACAUGGAGAGAGAUAUAGGAUAUGUAUGCAUGCACCAAUAACAGUUAUUACUCAUGAAAAAUGGAUUGAAACAUUAAACGAAGUAUCAGGAUGUAGUGAUGGUGUAACUAUUGAUUUAACUCCACCGAUACGGGGGAAUGUAUAUAUUGGAAUAGACUCUGCAAAGCAUUAUCAGUCAUCGAUAUCAGAUCUUCAUGUAAACUGGGAUUCCUUUCUUGAUGUGGAGCAAAAUGUUGAAAUCAGACAUACAUCUGGAAUAAAGGAAUAUCAUUUAGGAAUAGGUUCUACAAUUGGUGGAUCAGACGUUGUUCCAUUCACAAACAUCGGGAUAGCAAACCACUAUACUCUGCAUAAUCUCAGAUUACAGAAUGGACAUGAAUACUUUGCUUCGGUUAAAGCUUAUGAUUUUACUGGAAAAAGCACAACAGCUACUUCACCCGCAGUGAUAAUUGACAACACACCACCGGAGAGAACAAAAAAUCAAAUACAAAUAACAGAAAGACAUAUUAAAAACUUUACUGCAUUAAAUGCAUGUUGGAGAGAUGUAUUUGUAGACAAAGAAAGUGGAAUCGACUACUAUAUGUGGGGUGUUGGCUCGAAAGAAGGUCAUGAUGACGUCAUCGCAUUUACUAAAACAAAUAAAGACUGCGAUGUAUCAGCUACACAUAAUGAUUUUGAAAUUCACGAAGGUCAUAGUUACUUCAUAACAAUUAAGGCAAUUAAUAGAGCCCAUCUCAUGAUAUCACAGUCAUCAUUGGCAUAUAAAGUGGAUCAAUCAGCACCCAUAGCCGGAUAUGUAUAUGAUGGAUAUCGGCAGAAUGCAACGGACUCCAUGAGAGACAUAGAUUAUCAAGUUGAUUCCAAGACAUUAUCCAGUUACUGGGAGGGCUUCUAUGAUCCACAUUCUGUUAUCAAAAUGUAUUAUAUCAGCAUUGGAACAUGCCCUCAUUGUCAGAAUGUUUUACACGAAGUAGCUGUUGGAGUUAUAUACGAUUUUACUCUGCAUAAUAUUCAUUUAACAAGUGGUUUGAAUUAUUUCACAACUGUCACUGUCUGCAAUACUGCUGAUUUAUGUACAUCGGUGACUUCAGAUGGGGUGGUACUUGAUGAUAGUCCUCCUACUGUAGGAGUUGUUCAAGACGGGAUUGAACAAGACGAUACACACUAUCAGGCAUUGAGGAAUUAUAUUGCUUGCCGAUGGUACGGGUUUACUGAUCCACAGUCUGGAAUCGAUAAAUUAUCAUGGAGGGCUGGAACAAAAUCUGGUUCCGAUGACAUUGUCCCAUCAACAGAUAUACCAAUUACCAACCCUAUUGUAAACGUGAAUCUUACCACAUAUCUUCCACUGCAAAAGAGAAUAUUUGUAACAGUGAGAGUGUAUAAUAAAGCAGGGUUAUUUUCUGAAGCAUCGUCGAAUGGCUUCAUUGUUGAUGUAACACCGCCCAUAUUCUUUGAAAAACCAUUUUUGGUUCAGGAUUUUGGGUCUUUUUAUAAGGAUUCAAUAGUAUUCAGAAGUACUUUUAAAGUGAAAUGGAAGGUUGAAGAUAAAGAUUCAUUUAUUGACCGUCAGUAUAUUUCAGUUGGUUGUCAUAUCGGUGGAAAUUUUAGUUCGUCGUCUAUUCAGUUGAAUGGUAUCGUACGAGAAUAUACGUUUUCAAGACUGGAUCUUCAUGAUGGCGUUGAAUAUACUGUUCAUCUGAUUGCCUGCAACAGAGCUAAACUGUGCACAGGAUCCAAGUCAGACCAUAUUUUAGUUGACAGUUCCCCUCCUACUCCAGGUAUGUUUGCUAUCAAUACGGAUCAUGUUUCAAAGCUGGGUCGAAUGAUUGAUGGCUGGAUGAUAUGGUCAGAGUAUAAAUUGUGGUUGUCCUGGCUGGGCUUUACUGACUUGCAUACUGGUAUAGAAAAAUAUUGUGUGACAGUUGGCAGUAAAUAUAUGCAAAGUGAUAUCAAUAAGGUUAGAGGGUCUCCUGAAGUUUUUCUCCACAAUGAAUCAGGAAUAGAUAAAGGAGAUGAAGGGUUUGUUCAAACAUUUUUCAUGGAAACAGUCAGUCUUAGUCCUUUUGAACAUAUAUAUGUCAGCGUUUGGGCUGUUAAUAAGGUUGGAUUGUCUAGUCCAAUGAUUCAUUCUCAGUUCAGAUUGGUACCUGGUGGUUCAAUAGAGUUAGUUCGCCGUUGCACUGCUAAAACUUGUUUAGGCCAUUGUGUCUGUUCUACACAAGAUGGCCGCUGUGCACUUGAAGACAAACAGUGUCAUGACGUUUCAAAUGAAAAUCCAAACAAUGUUAUUGGAGUUUAUGAUGUAACUAAUUUGCAAGAUGUUCCCCUGUAUGAUAUUCAGUACACCCCUUCUGUAGUUGAACUGGUGGCAAAGUGGCAAAUUAUUCAAGUUCAAGGGUUGCCUCCGCUGUGGUACGAAUGGAGUGUCGGUCUAGCUACAAAUGAUGAACCAGAAGGUGUUUUUGACAAUGAUAACGAUGUCAUUUGGAGACAUAGUGGACAAACAAAUCAAGCGUUUCUGAGUAUUGAAAGAGGCAAAGAACCACUGAGGGAAUUUGUCACCUAUUCAUUUUUUGUUCGAGCAUGGUUUAGUGAUCAUACAUAUGCAGUUUUCAAAACAAAUGGAGUGACAAUUUUGUCGACACCCUUAGCCAUAUCUAAAUUAAAAGGAUCUACAGUAUGUGAACAAAGACCUGGACAUUGGAAGAAGGAUAUUGAUUUCAUAAGACCAGGAUUUCCUUUUGCAAUCAAGUGGAGCAACAUUUUCAUUGAUGCGGAUGAAAUAAUUGAACGAUUUAACAUUUAUCUCAGUACAUUUCCAGGCGGUUAUGAUGAACAUAUCGCUAACAUAGAUUUACCUGGAACAGUCACAGCAUACAAUGUCAGUCGUAUACCUUUAACCCCAGGCAUUAUUUUCUACAGUAAUGUUGUAGCUUAUAGCUUUUCAGGAAUACAUUCAACAGCAACAUCUGAUGGGAUAACAGUUGACAUUGUACCGCCAUCAGCAGGGAGUGUAAAGGAUGGAACAGGUAUUUAUGAUUGUGAUUAUCAAGACGAACCUCAAGUCAUAAGCGCAUCUUGGCAUGGUUUUUCUGACCUGGAUUCCGUCAUUACGCAAUAUAUGUGGUGUGUGCAGACGGUUUCAGAGCUAACUUUAUGUAACAUCAGAGCCUGGGAAAAUGUUGGUAUCCAGACAUCUGUAUCUCGAAAAUUGAAUGGAACUUCUCUUUCGUCAGGAACGAAAAUUCAGAGUCUAGUAUAUGCAGUGGAUAUUGUUGGACAUGAGUCUGAAACUGUCCGGUCAAAUGGUGUAAUCGUUGACAUAACUCAACCCAUUCCAGUUGAAAUGAUACAUUUGGACAUCAAUAUUGCUUCAAAUCCAUCUUUUGAGCUUUUAAAAGGAAAUUACGUGCUUUUGGAGAAUGUAACAGAUGAUAGCAGCUUGUGCGUUAUGACUGAAUACGUUCAACUACUAAAUUGGACAAAGAAUUCUGAUUCCUGUGUAAUAGUGUUGAAAUCAAACAGAAACAUUGCGUUUGACGGACGAUCGUUUGUAUUAAUUAAUGGCGUGAUAUCUCAGAGUGUGUCAAGUCUUGAGGAAGGUUACCUGUAUCGUAUUACGUUUGUUACAGCACAUCCUUAUUGGAAAGGGACAGAUGGUGCAAAUAAAGAAGGAUUCGCUCAGAUUGGACAUGAACGACAUGUUUUUUUUGUAUAUACAAAGCAGGACAGACAUACAGCACAAACUUAUGAUAUUCCUUGGCAUCACCAUACAUUUUAUUUUAGACCAGUCUUACAAAAUAUGACGAUUAGUUUCGGAAGUUUAGUUGGAAAUACAGGACUUUAUUUUGAUGAUGUAAGAAUUCAAAAGGUGAACAUGCUAAAAACGGACAGUAAUCAAACCUCUGGUAGACAUAUCUUUAACCAUAUUGUAACGAUUCAUCAAUGGUCAUCAGUUCACGCCUCGUGGCAUUUCAUGGACCCAGAAAGCCCCAUUGUUGAUUACACAUGGGCCAUAGGAUAUACAGAAGGAAGUACAGAGGUUCAAGGUUUUCAAAGUGUUGGUCUCAGCAACUUUGCAUAUAAUUACAAUGUAUCUUUACCUCAUACAUCAACGAUACACGUGACCGUUAUAGCUACGAAUGCUGCAGGUUUGAUGACAAAGAUACACGCUGAAAGUCUUCUUGUAGAUAAAACUCCACCGGAAAUAACAUUUGUAAAUGAUGGUAUAGGUGAAGAUAUAGAUGCACAGUCAGAAUCUGAAAUAUCUGCUAACUGGGAAGUAGUCGAUUUAGAAUCUGUAUUAGAAUCCUGCGAAUUUUCAGUUGGCUACCAGUUAUACGGCAAUGAACUUCAAACGUUUCAGAAAAUACCUGUUGAAUUACGACUAUUGUCGAAAGUGUUUCCAUACCAUCUUUUGUUUAUGCAGACUAUAUACGUGACCAUUAGAUGUAAAAAUAAGGCUGGACUACAGUCAUCUCUGUCAACUGAUGGCGUUGUUGUGUCUAAUCUGCCUCCACUCAGUGCCAGCGCUCAAGUUAAUAUCCUCCCUCUCUCUAAUACAGAAUAUAUGGCUUACAAUGGAUAUCAAAAGAAUAAACAUACAAUUAGAAUUAAAUGGUCGGGAUUUGAAGACAUUGUUGGUCUGGACUCUUAUCUGGUAUCAUUUAAAAUGGACAAUGAUGAAGACACUAUAAUCAAACGGUCAAUUACAGCUGAAAAACAAGACAUUUCAUACUGUGUGUUGACUGGACUUCACCUGAAGGAUGGUAACUACACUGUUGUGGUUCAAGCUAUUAAUAAAAUGUAUGUCCGGAGUGACCCAGUUAAAGCGUCCAUUACUAUUUCGUCAUUCCAGCCUAAAGUGAAACGGUCCUCAACUUUACAUGUUUCUUUUAAUAAUCGUACAGUACAGAUAUCAUGGAAAGAUUUGUUUUCUGAAGAUAAAGACACAUUUUACGAAGUUUCUGCUGGAACUUUUGUUGGUAGUGCUGAUAUAAUACAGUGGCAAGAAACUAAAAAUACAUUCAUUACCUUUUUCAUUCCACCAAGAAUUAAAUCAAUUAAAGGUUUAACAAGUUAUAUAACUGUAAGAGGGAUUUAUGCAAAUGGAAUGUUUAAUGUUGUCAAUCAUAGAACAAAUUUAAGUAAUAUUUGAUAUAAAAGAUAUUCUUCUCUAAUGGAAUGUUUAAUGUUAUCAAUCAUAGAAUAAAUUUUAAGUAAUAUUUGAUAUAGCUAUUCUUUUCAAUUUUAUUCGGAAAUUACCAAUAUAAAAAGGUUCAUUUCAGAUCUCAUACGUUAAGGUACAAAAAGUCAAAUAUAAAGUGAAUAUAGUGGGAAAUGUGUGAACUUUAAACGAGAUGAGAAUAAGUGUAUCUAUCGAUUAUACAACUUUUCAUUUGUGGACUAGAAUAAAAAUAUUUGCACUUAUGAA